AUGUCUGCCAAACGAAGCAAACUGUCUGAAGAGGAGAGGCGGACGAAACUGGAACCGCUGCUCAACGAUAACAAGUGGUCGUUGGAUGAGUCGGGAAGGGAUGCCAUCAAAAAGCAAUUCGUGUUCAAAGACUUUAACGAAGCUUUUGGUUUCAUGACUCGAGUGGCGCUGAAGGCCGACCGCAUGGAUCACCACCCGGAGUGGUUCAACGUCUACAACAAGGUUGAUAUCACCCUAUCUUCGCACGAUGUCAAUGGGAUCAGCGAACGCGACAUCAGUUUGGCUCAAUUUAUGGAUCAGUGCGCUCAGGCCUACAAGUAG